CCGAGCUCCUCCUGCUCCUCCCCCUCCCACCCCUCCAUGCCGCCAAAGGGCAAGGUAGCCGUCGCUGGCGGUAGCCUCCCGACAAAGGAGCGAGCCCUCUUCACCCGUCUCCUCCAGGAGUAUGAGACCAAGAAGUACAGGCUCGGACUCAAGACGGCAGACACCAUCCUCAAGAAGCACCCCGACCAUGGAGAGACGCUCUGUAUGAAGGGUCUCAUCUUGGCCUCGCUUGGUGAUCGAGCUGCAGGCUUGGAUCUGGCCAGGCAGGGCGUGCGGAAAGAUCUGACGAGCUUCAUCAGCUGGCAUGCCCUUGGGAUCCUCAACCGUAUGGACAAGAACUACGAAGAGUCGAUCAAAUGCUACGCUCAGGCCCUGAGGAUCGAAGGAGGCACAAAUCUCAACCUCAUCAGAGAGUCGAGCUACAUGCAUGUCCAGUCGCGCAACUUCACCCCGCUCAUCGAUCAGAGGAUCACUCUGUUGCGCAUGCAGCCCCACAUCAGAUCCAACUGGGCAGCCCUGGCUACCGCCUAUCAUCUUGACGGACAGCUCAAGGAAGCCGAGAAUGUUCUGGCGCAGUGGGAACAUACAUGCCGAGAUGUACCCAGCUCGAAUUACGAACACUCCGAGAUGCUUCUCUACAAAGCUUCCAUCCUCUUCGAGGACAAGCGCUACGAGGACGUCAUCACCUACUUCUCUCACAUCUCGACAUCAAGCCGCAUCGUUGACCAGAGAGCUAUGCGGUUGUUGCAGGCAAAGUCCUACCUCGAGCUUGGUCAGCUGGACGAGGCGCAGAAGAUGUGGACUAAGCUUGUCCAGGAGAAUGAGGAGGAUCGGGGCCACAUACAGGGUUGGCUGAGGAGUAAAGGCGUAAAGCUUGACGCCUCCAGCGAGGAAGGGUACGCCACGGCAGUAGAAGCGCUUCGUGAACUUCGGAGCUCCUUCCCUAAGAGUCACUCAGCGCAGCGUACUGAGUUGGUCUACCUGAAGGGCGAUGCUUUCGCCGAGGCCCUGGAAGCCUAUCUAUAUCGAGCUCUCACCAAGGGAGUUCCUAGCAUCUUCUCCGACCUCAAGGCGCUUCUCGCCGACUCUGCCAAGCGAAAAGCUCUCGAGACUGUGGCUCUGUCGCUCCUGGAUAAGUUCGCCCCUUCGACAUCUUCGGACGAGCCACCUUCCUCUUACCUCUGGACACUAUACUUCCUUGCUCAAUUCUACUCUCACACUAGUCAAGCCGAGACUGCCCUUGCCUACAUCGAAUCAGCAAUUGCUCACACCCCGACCCUUCCCGAGCUCUACAUGACCAAGGCUCGUAUCCUGAAACGAGCAGGAGCAAUUGAAGCCGCCAGUCACGCCAUGGAAGAUGCUCGUCUGCUUGAUGGUCAAGACAGGUUCCUCAACAGCAAGGACGCCAAGUACAAGCUGCGAAAUGGUCAGGCAGAGGAAGGAGAAGCAGUCAUGGGUCUCUUCACAAAGCCAGACGCUUCCUCGCCUCUUGCUGAUCUGAUCGAAAUGCAGGCUAUCUGGUUCAUCUACGAGAACGGUCUUUCCCACGAGGAGCAAGGCGACCUCCACCUUGCUCUCAAGCGGUACGCCCAGACGGAGAAGAUCUUUGAGGACCACUGGGAUGACCAACUAGACUUCCACUCUUACUGUAUCCGCAAAUUCACAUUGAGAGACUACAUCGACAUGUGCCGCUGGGAAGAUGGAAUUCGUGGUCAUCGCACAUACGUCAGCGCUGCUUUGCGCGCCGUCGGCAUCUACCUCUCUCUCCACGACGAGCCCUCUCUCGCAACGCCUGGACGGUCCACGACCAAUGGCGCGGCAGGGCACAGCAACGGUACGAGUGAGGAAGAGACGAAGAAGGAGCAGAAGCGGUUGAGGAAGCUCGAGGCUAAGAAGAAGGAAGAAGAAGAGGCAAAGAAGAAGAAGGAGGCGGCAGCAAAGGCCAAGGCCAAAGGUGGUAAAGCCGCAGAAGAAGACGAUACCCCUCAGGUCAUCCCCGAUCCUGAUCCGGAAGGUAUGGCCCUGCUGCAGUCGAAUCAGCCCUUGGAGCAAGCAGAGCGGCUACUGCGCUCCUUGCAAUUCCACGCAGCAGGCGAUGCCCGUGUGUGGAUCGCCACCUUUGAGCAUGCUCUGCGCGAUAAGAACUGGCUGCUCUGCGCUCGAGCGCUGCGCAAGUCCACUGGUCUCCUCAACAAGUCUAGCAAUUCCAGCUCAAGAGAUCCAACACUUGCGGGUCGAGUGCACGUCCAGCUCCUGCAGCUCCUCAAAGGCAUGCCCGAUCUAGCCGCUGCCCCCGCCGAGGUGAGAGGAGGCCUCGAGGCUGCUCUAGAGGGGAUCAAGCCCGCAAGCGAGGUCAGCCUAGAGAGGGUGAACGAUGAGUUCCUCCAGCGCACAGGGGACGUCCUCUCCCAUGCCCGGGCUAGCCUAGUCCUCUCCCCCGACGCGAGCACAAGGGAGCGCGUCGUGGCCUCUUGCAUCGGAUUUGCCUCGGCACCUACGAGUACACUUCCCGCGCUGCGAGAAACCUACCGGUUCCUCCUCUCCUCUUCCUCUCCUUCUGUCUCCAGCACGCCACUCCUCCCCCGUCUAUCCCCUGCGGCCAGUAGCGAGGAGUUGCAGACCUUCAGGAGUAAAGCGUUGGAGCGCUUCCCGCUUGCGGAAAUGUUCAUGAGUACAGAGGGUAGAGAGGGAAAGAGGGUGGAGAGGGCGGAGAGGAGGAAAGGGUGGGAGGCGGUCAAGGAUGGGAUGGAUGGGGUGCCUGCUUGAAGUAGAGAAGUGGAGAGAGGGGAUGAGAGGGAAAAGGGAAGAGAGAGGAGGGAGGAGCAGACGUUGCACGCCUGUAUUUUCACACUCGUUCAGACAACAGACAUACAUACAUUCCAUACACCAG